GGGGCCAGGCGCAUCCGCAGCGUGGGGCACUGAGGGACCCGCUGUUGAGCACCCAGAGGGGGGCGAAGGAUCCUCCCCGCUCCCUUCCCCCCCCCAGCCCGGCUCGGCUCCCGCGCUCGGAUCGGGCCCCCCGCGGGGCCGCCCCCCACGGCGCGGGAUGAGCGCGCUGGGCAAGGCGCGCAAGGAGCGCUGGCCGCAGGCUGAAUAUGAGGCGCAGGCGAAAGAGCUGCGUGGCCAGCUUGGUGAGCAGCAGCGGGGGCGGGAGGCCCAGGCUGAGGCCCGGCUGCAGCUGCUCCAGGACAUGGGCGAGUUCCUGCGGCGAAAGUCCGAGCUGGAGCAGGAAUAUUCCCGGGGGCUGGAGAAGCUGUCGGAGAGAUUCACCGCCCGGCUGCGCUGGGCCAAGGAGCACCCCAAGAGAGAGCAGGACCCGCCAUCCCCUCUGCAGUGCUGGCAGCUGGUGCUGAAACAGACCCGCCAGGCCGGCCGGGACCACGGGGCCCUGAGCGAUAUUUAUACGGGGCCCCUGACGCUGCACCUGGCCCAGCUCAGCGACGACCUGGGGCGCCUGGUUAAGAAGAGCCGAGACUUGGAGCAGCAGAUGCAGGACGAGCUGCUGACGAUGAUUUCCGAGCUGCAGAUGGCUAUGAAAACCUACCAGACGCACCACGCAGAGAGCCAGAGCGCCGAGAACAAGCUGCGGGACGCCGAGCGGCAGGAGGAAAAGAGGGGGGCCCGGCAGCCCGCCGAGCCAGGGGGCGCCGGGCAGGACAAGACCGGGCGGCGCGCCUCCCUCCGUAAGGGGGAGCGGCUGGUGGAGAAGCGUCAGGCCCGGUUCCUGGCAGCACAGUUGAAGUGCACGGCGGCGCGGAACGAUUAUCUCCUGCACUUGCGGGCCACCAACGCCGUGAUCAGCAACUACUACCUGCGGGACGUCUCUGACAUCCUCGACUGCUCGGACCUCGGUUUCCAUCUCUCCCUGGGCCGCCUGCUGCGGACGUACCUGGCGGCCGAGGGCCGGGCCCAGAGCUCCUGGCAGGAGGGGCUGGGGGCUCUGGAGGGGGCCAUGCUGGCCCUGGACCCCCCUGGGGACAAGGCCCGGCUGAUGGAGGCCAACCCGGCCGCAUACUGCCCCCCCCUGCGCUUCGAGUACCACCCCCAUGAAGGCGAUGAGGUAUCGGAGGUCCAGGCCGUGGGGUCCCUGUGCCCGGAGUUGCUGCUGCAUCAGCAGGACAUCGAGGCGCGGCUGAAGGACCUGAGCCUGGAGACCGAGGAGGUGAACAAGACACUGCAGGCCACAAUGAGCAGCUUGCGGGAGCUGCUGGGAGCCGAGGAGCCCGAGGUGCUGGAGGCCUUCAGGGGGCCUGGCUCGUCCGAGUCGCUGCGGGGGGCUGGUGCCGAGGGGCGCAGCGGGGCUAAGAGACGGGCCCAGCAGCUGGAGACAGAGACCUUCUAUCUCACGAAGCUGGAGCUGUUCCUGACCCGACGGAGCAUUGGGGCGAAGUUACAGUCGAAGCUGGAGAUGCUGGGCGAGGCCAUCGCGAAGGCGGCCCCUGAGGACGGAGAGGAGCUCAGGGCCCCUCUGCGCGCCUCCCUCCCCCGUGUCCCGGCCGCAUUCGCCUCCUUCCCCACAGACCUGGAGGACUUUGUGCAGAAAUCUGGCCAGGCCAUCCCGCUGGUGGUGGAGAGCUGCAUCCGAUUCAUCAACCUGCACGGUCUCCAGCAUGAGGGGAUCUUUCGGGUGCCGGGGUCACAGAUGCGGGUGACUGAAAUCCAGGAGGCCUUCGAGAGAGGCGAGGACCCCCUGGCGGGCGGCUCCUACCCCCGUGACCUGGACUCGGUGGCCGGGGUCCUGAAGUUGUUUUUUCGGGGGCUGCAGAAGCCCCUGAUUCCGCCGGACGUCGUCCCGGAGCUGCUGGCGAUGGCCCAGCUGGAGUGCCUGUCCGAGCGCAUCUCCCACCUCCGCGCCCUCCUGGCCCGGCUCCCGGGGCCCGUGGUCGUUGUCCUGCGAUAUCUCUUUGCCUUCCUGAACCACGUGUCCCAGUACAGCGAGGAGAACAUGAUGACCCCCUACAACCUGGCUGUCUGCUUCGGGCCCACGCUGGCGGCCACCCCACCCAGCCUGGACCCCGUCUCCACUCAGCCCCACGCCAACGAGGCCGUGAAGUGCCUGAUCCUGCACCCCGAGGCCACCUUCCCCCCCCCCGACCAGCUGCCUGGCCCCCUGUACGAGAAGUGCCUGGCCCCGCCCGACGAGGACAGCGAGAUGCUGCCCCUGGACCCCGCAGCUGAGGAGAGCGAGGGGGAUGGGCCCCCCGAAACAUCGGCCAUGGCCAGCGAGGACGACCCGGAGGCCCCCCCCGAGGCCGUGGCCCGGUUCUCCUACGAGGGGCGCUCGUCCCAGGAGCUCUCGUUCCAGCCCGGGGACCGGAUCCGGCUGCUGGCCAAGGCCUCCCCAGACUGGUGGCGCGGGGAGCUGGGGGGCACCCGCGGCCUGGUGCCCCACAAGUACAUCAGCCUGAUCCCCAGCACCGAGAAAAGCCAGAGUCGCCGAACCUCGGGGUCGGACGGAGACACCGCGUCCCCCCCACCUGAGCCAACAUCAGAAUUAACCAGCAGGCUGCGGGUGAACUCGGAGGGCAGCCGGGGGCGCCAGCGACCCGGUACCAGCCCCAUCCGCAAAGUGGCCUCCCCCUUCAUCGAUUCAGGGCGUCUGCUCUUCCCCCUUAAUUCGUCCCCCUGGGCUUUUGACAGGAUGGAGCGGGGGGCUCUGGGGGUCGGAUCUCCCGGUGGAGGUCGCCUGAAUAGUGGAGAGAAACAAGGAGCACCAGAGAAGCAUAUGGAGAUGGAUAAGGCCGUGACGCGAAACAUGGACUCCGUGUUCAAGGAGCUGCUCAGCAAAAGCGGGGGAAGGCAGGGGGGGCCCGAAGGUGUCCCCGAGACCCCAGAUCCCCCUAGAACCGCCCCAGCCGGGAAGAGGGGCCCUGGCCCCCCCAAACCCGCCUUCGGUCUGCGCAGCAAAGGGCUCUUCAAAGCCUCCGGGAACGGGGAGUAAGCCCCCCCCACUGCUGCCCGACAUCCUCCGGGCCACACCCACCCCCCCAGCCCUUGUGCCCAUGGGGCUCCCCUCUGCAGGGGG